AGAACUGCAGUUCCAAAGAGAGUCGAUAAUGGCGCGUGGAGUGCGUUGUAAAACAGUAGAACAGUCACUAGUAGCACUAGCAAGAACACACGCUGCUAUCCCAUCGUUCAAAAACAAAUCAGCUUCUGGCAGCCAUUUAUCCAGCGAACUAAAUAUAUAUAUUUUUCUUUACAGAGGAGGCUUUAUCCACCACAAUUUAGCCGCUAGUGUCACCUAGUUGGCACGUCUACGUUUUAAUUUCUAGCUAGCUAGUUAGCUAGUAGCUACUUGAACUAGCUAACGUUAGUAAAGUUGGCUAACUUUAGAUUUCUAGGUAGCUACUUUAUCGACCACAUUUAGUUUGAAUACCCAGCCAGGAUGCCUGAGAUAAAAGUUACACCACUGGGUGCUGGACAAGAUGUUGGCCGUAGCUGUAUCCUUGUCUCUAUUGGGGGCAAAAACAUUAUGCUUGACUGUGGGAUGCACAUGGGCUUCAAUGAUGACAGAAGAUUCCCAGAUUUCUCUUACAUAACACAACAAGGACGCCUGACAGAAUUCUUGGACUGUGUAAUUAUCAGUCAUUUCCACUUGGACCACUGUGGUGCUCUGCCGUACAUGAGUGAGAUGGUGGGCUACGAUGGCCCCAUCUACAUGACCCACCCCACCAAGGCCAUCUGCCCUAUCUUGCUGGAAGACUUCAGGAAGAUCACUGUGGACAAGAAGGGCGAAACCAACUUCUUCACAUCCCAGAUGAUCAAGGACUGCAUGAAGAAAGUAGUCCCUUUGAACCUCCACCAGACUGUCCAGGUAGAUGAUGAGCUGGAGAUCAAGGCUUACUAUGCAGGCCACGUCCUAGGAGCUGCUAUGGUGCAGAUCAAAGUAGGAUCUGAGUCUGUGGUCUACACUGGUGACUAUAACAUGACGCCAGACAGACAUUUAGGGGCUGCGUGGAUCGAUAAGUGUCGGCCAGACAUCCUCAUCUCAGAGUCCACCUACGCCACCACCAUCCGUGACUCCAAGAGGUGCAGGGAGAGGGACUUCCUGAAGAAAGUACACGAGACAGUGGAGAGAGGGGGGAAGGUUCUGAUUCCGGUCUUUGCCCUGGGUAGAGCUCAGGAACUGUGCAUUCUAUUGGAAACAUUCUGGGAGCGGAUGAACAUGAAGGCCCCCAUCUACUUCUCCACGGGGCUCACAGAGAAAGCCAAUCACUACUACAAACUCUUCAUCACCUGGACCAAUCAGAAGAUCAGAAAAACCUUUGUACAGAGAAACAUGUUUGAGUUCAAACACAUUAAGGCCUUUGAUCGCUCCUACGCAGACAACCCUGGACCAAUGGUGGUCUUUGCCACCCCAGGAAUGCUGCAUGCUGGUCAGUCUCUACAGAUAUUCAAGAAGUGGGCUGGCAACGAGAAGAAUAUGAUCAUUAUGCCUGGGUAUUGUGUGCAAGGCACCAUCGGACACAAGAUCCUGAAUGGUCAAAAGAAACUGGAGAUGGAGAAUAGACAAACGUUGGAGGUGAAGCUGCAGGUGGAGUACAUGUCGUUCAGCGCCCAUGCAGACGCUAAGGGCAUCAUGCAGCUCAUCCGCAUGGCAGAGCCUCGCAACAUGCUGCUGGUGCACGGAGAGGCCAAGAAGAUGGAGUUCCUCAAGGACAAGAUCGAGCAGGAGUUCACCAUCAACUGCUUCAUGCCAGCCAACGGUGAGACCACCACUGUGAUCACCAACCCCAGUGUCCCAGUGGACAUCUCACUCAACCUGCUCAAGAGGGAGAUGGCCCUUGGAGGCCCCUUACCUGACCCGAAAAAGCCUCGUACCAUGCACGGGACCCUGAUCAUGAAGGAUAAUAGUCUUCGGCUGGUCUCUCCAGAACAGGCUCUCAAGGAGUUGGGCCUCAACGAGCACCAGCUCCGCUUCACCUGCCGAGUACAGCUCCAGGACCCACACAGUGACCCCGACACUCUCAGCAGAAUCUACACACACCUCAAGAGUGUGCUGAAAGGUUAUACCAUCCAGCACCUCCCAGACGGGACCGUCAUGGUGGAGUCUAUUGUGAUCAAGGUGUCCUCCUCAGCUGAAGAGCCCAACACCAAGGUGCUGCUGCUGUCCUGGAGCUACCAGGAUGAAGAUCUGGGGAGCUUUCUGUCUACUCUGCUGAAGAAAGGACUUCCAUCAGGGCUGUCUUCAAUAUGACGUAGUUCAGAUCGGUGGCAGGAGGCAGAGCGUUGGGCCAGUAAUCGAAAGGUCGCUGGUUUGAAUCCUUGAGCCGAGUAGGUGAACAUUUUUUCUGUGCCCUUGAGCAAGGCACUUAACCCUAAUUGCUCCUGUAAAUCGCUCUGGAUAAGAAUGUCUGCUAAAUGACUCAAAUGUAAACUAUCCCAAUGUGUAGCUUACUGUAAAGGUUAGUCUCAAUGUUGUACAAAGCUGAUUUGAAUAAAUCUUUUUAUAAGAAGGUG